CUCGAAACAGCCGCGGGCGGGCCGGGCCGGGGCCGGCGCGGGGAGGGAGGAGCCGCCGCGAGCGGGCCCGGCCACCGUGCGCCCCCGCCGUCCGGGCGCUCCCAGAAGAGGCCAAAGUUUGCCGCGGCGGAGAGUUGCAGCCCGCGCCGAGCGCUCCGGGGGCUUCUCUCGCUUCCCGGUAUUGUUCGCAAAGUUUGCUCCUCUCCUCCGCGGCCCCACCUCGGCGGAGGCCGGGCGCGGAGAGCAGGGCCGGGGGGCGCGGUGCGCACCGCUCGGGCCAGGCUGGGCGGGCAUGGGCGGGGGCCCGAGCGGGGACGAGGAGCCGGGGCCAGCUGCCCGAGCCCGAGCCCGGGAGCGGCGGCUCUGAGGGGAGCGGACCUCCCCGCUAGGGCGCCUCCGACGCCACCAUGCUGCGCCCGGGCCCCCGGCUGUGGCUGGUCCUGCAGGUGAUGGGUUCGUGCGCCGCCAUCAGCUCCAUAGACAUGGAGCGUCCGGGCGACGGCAAGUGCCAGUCCAUCGAGAUCCCGAUGUGCAAGGACAUCGGCUACAACAUGACCCGCAUGCCCAACCUGAUGGGCCACGAGAACCAGCGCGAGGCCGCCAUCCAGCUGCACGAGUUCGCGCCGCUGGUGGAGUACGGCUGCCACGGCCACCUCCGCUUCUUCCUGUGCUCUCUGUACGCGCCCAUGUGCACCGAGCAAGUCUCCACCCCCAUCCCCGCCUGCCGGGUCAUGUGUGAACAGGCCCGGCUCAAGUGCUCCCCGAUCAUGGAGCAGUUCAACUUCAAGUGGCCCGACUCGCUGGACUGCAGCAAACUCCCCAACAAGAACGACCCCAAUUACCUGUGCAUGGAGGCGCCCAACAACGGCUCGGACGAGCCCCCCCGAGGCUCGGGCAUGUUCCCGCCGCUCUUCAGGCCGCAGCGGCCCCAAAGCGCGCAGGAGCACCCGCUGAAGGACGGGGGCCCGGGGCGCGCCGGCUGCGACAACCCCGGCAAGUUCCACCGCGUGGAGAAGAGCGCGUCGUGCGCGCCGCUCUGCACGGCCGGCGUGGACGUUUACUGGAGCCGCGACGAUAAGCACUUCGCCGUGGUCUGGCUGGCCGUGUGGUCCGUGCUGUGCUUCUUCUCCAGCGCCUUCACCGUGCUCACCUUCCUCAUCGACCCGGCGCGCUUCAGGUACCCCGAGCGCCCCAUCAUCUUCCUCUCCAUGUGCUACUGCGUCUACUCGGUGGGCUACAUCAUCCGCCUCUUUGCCGGCGCCGAGAGCAUCGCCUGCGACCGCGACAGCGGGCAGCUCUAUGUCAUCCAGGAGGGCCUGGAGAGCACGGGCUGCACGCUGGUCUUCCUGGUCCUUUACUACUUCGGAAUGGCCAGCUCGCUGUGGUGGGUCAUCCUCACGCUCACCUGGUUCCUGGCUGCGGGCAAGAAGUGGGGCCACGAGGCCAUUGAGGCCAACAGCAGCUACUUCCACCUGGCAGCCUGGGCCAUCCCGGCCGUGAAGACUAUCCUGAUCCUGGUGAUGCGCAGGGUCGCGGGGGACGAGCUCACGGGCGUCUGCUACGUGGGCAGCAUGGACGUGCACGCGCUCACCGGCUUCGUCCUCAUCCCGCUGGCCUGUUACCUCGUCAUCGGCACUUCCUUUCUUCUCUCGGGCUUCGUGGCCCUUUUCCACAUCCGGAGGGUGAUGAAGACAGGCGGGGAGAACACGGACAAGCUGGAGAAACUCAUGGUGAGGAUUGGGGUCUUCUCCGUGCUGUACACCGUGCCGGCCACCUGUGUGAUCGCCUGCUACUUCUACGAACGCCUCAACAUGGAGUACUGGAAGGUCCUGGCCGCGCAGCACAAGUGCAGGAUGAACAACCAGACGAAAGCCCUGGACUGUCUCAUGGCCGCCUCCAUCCCCGCGGUGGAGAUCUUCAUGGUGAAGCUGUUCAUGCUGCUCGUGGUGGGCAUCACGAGCGGCAUGUGGAUCUGGACGUCCAAGACUCUGCAGUCCUGGCAGAACGUCUGCAGCCGCAGGUUCAAGAAAAGGAGCCGGAGGAAACCGGCCAGCGUCAUCACCAACAGUGGAAUUUACAAAAAAUCCCAGCAUCCCCAAAAAACGCAUCUCGGAAAAUACGAGAUCCCCGCCCAGCCGCCCACCUGUGUGUGAAGGGCUUGGAGGGACAGCGGGGAGGGAGACUUUCCCAGAGAGCUGCAGCGGCUGUCAGAGCCACAACACGGUGCUUUUCUUGGUUGGUUGGUUGGUUUUUUAAAUAAAAGUAAAAGAAAAAAAAAAAGUUUUUACCCUGAAAUUCAGGAUGCUGUGAUACACUGAAAGUAAAAAUGUCCUUAAAGGUU